CUUUUCACAAGUGGGUCCUUGCUAUACAGUCAGCCUCUUGUGGAAUCAGAAUCGAAAAUACCCAUGAGCCCAACAAGCAAAGCAAUACAUAUGUACAUUAUUGCAUACGAAGCUCUGAUUUCACUCUACAGCAUGGCCUCAUGUCUAUAAAACAGUACACUUAACCUGCUUUCUAUUAACACAGUCUUCUGGAGUUGAUGCAAUUGGGAUUCUUCCUUGUAUAAGCUCCUUCAAGGCUCUUCUGUGUUAUAUGUAAUUCAAGCUCUGAACUCUUUAGCUUGUACUUCUUCUUGAUGCUCUGAGAGAAAAUCUUGUUAGCUCUACUUCCCUGCAAUCCUCUGAAGCAAUACCCAUUUGGGUGCCAUAGACUGUUGUUCUGACACAAAUAAUUUAUCUCUCUUUAGAAUCAGAUUUGUGAUAGAUUUUGCUUGGGAAAUAUUUCUAAGAAAAUUACCGUAGGCUUGAGUGAGGCUGGGACUAGAACGUCUGAACAAAAAUGUCCAUAGGUGCAACUUUGUAGGGUUUAGUAUCACUUCAAUUAUAGGCUUUGAUAUGCAUAUUGAACAGUGCAGUUUCCAUGAAUGAGCUCGUUCUCUACUUGGAAAAAACUAGACUGAGACACACGUGGGGUAUAACGGACUGCACUAUUUUCUUAGCGAAUGACUUCAAGUUGGCAGAAGAGAUUAUUGAGAUGAUACCCACAACUCAUUGCAUAAAUUUUGGCUGUGACUGUCAAUUUUACACAGAAAAAGAGCAGGGAGAUCAUGCCUCUGACUACCAUUUUUCUAGUCUAUUAUUGCCUCCUCUCGGGGCAAGAGGCCACUUUCAGUCCCAUUUAAGGAAAUAUAUUAUUUCUCCAUAUGACUCUACUUACAGGUGGUGGGAGACAUUUUUGAUUGCUUUGGUUGCAUACUGUGCAUGGGUAUAUCCAUUUCAGAUAGGAUUUAUCGAUGUACAAAGAUGGGGGAAACUUUGCAUUGCUGGCACUGUUGUAGAUGCAUUUUUUGCCAUUGAUAUUGUUCUCACCUUCUUUGUGGCAUACAUUGAUGAGAAUUCACAGAUCAUAAUAGACAAUCCAAAGCAUAUAGCACUCAGGUAUAUUUCCACAUGGUUCAUAUUUGAUAUCUGUUCUACGAUUCCAUUUGAGGCCUUAAGCUACCUCUUUAUAGGGAAGAUUGGUUCUGGACUUGCAUACAGCUUGCUUAACAUGCUCCGCCUCUGGCGUUUGAGGAGAGUGAAAGCUCUUUUCACGAGGCUUGAGAAAGAUAUAAGGUUUAACUACUUUUGGGUUAGAUGUGCAAGGCUAAUCUGUGUGACACUUUUUGCCGUACACUGUGCUGGGUGUUUUUAUUACUUGCUCGCAGAUCGCUAUCCUAAUCCCAACAAGACAUGGAUAGGCUCUGUUAUCCCUGACUUUAGGAAGAAAAGCUUCUUCGUACGCUACAUAUCCGCCAUUUAUUGGUCCAUUACAACAUUAACCACAGUUGGAUAUGGAGAUCUCCAUGCAGUGAAUUCAAGGGAAAUGAUAUUUGACAUAUUUUACAUGCUAUUCAAUUUGGGCCUGACAGCAUACUUAAUUGGCAACAUGACUAAUCUGGUGGUGGAGGGUAGUAGCCGCACAAUGCAUUUUAGGAACAGAAUCCAAGCAGCGUCAAACUUUGCAGAUAGGAACCAUCUCCCACCAAUGCUUAGGGACCAUAUAUUAUCAUAUAUGUGCCUGAAGUUCAGAACAGAUAGCUUGAGACAGCAAGAAAUUAUAGAGGAACUUCCAAAGGCCAUCAGAACAAACAUUGCACAAUACCUAUUUCUACCAACAGUAGAAUCUGUAUAUCUGUUCCGAGGCAUUUCUCCAGAGUUGCUGCUCAAGUUGGUCACGGAGAUGAAACCAGAAUACUUCCCUCCAAAAGAGGACAUUGUUCUUCAAAAUGAUGCACCUAGUGACAUCUACAUACUGGUAUCAGGGAAAGUGGAUGAAAUUACUUCUAGGAAUGGAAAUGAAGAGGUCAUAGGAAGUCUAAGAGAAGGAGAAAUAUUUGGAGAACUUGGGGUUCUCUGCAACACCUCACAACCCUAUACUGUGAGAACAGAGAAGCUCUCUCAACUUUUGCGAUUGAAUCGAAAUGUAUUGUUGGACACAAUCCAAAACAAGCCAAAUGAUGGCAGGAUAAUUUUGAAGAACUUUCUUCAGCACUUAAAGGAUUCAAGAGAUCCAAGUUUUGAAGGCCUUAUAAUUGAAAUGGAAAAUAUGUUUUCGCAUGAAAAUGUGGACAUGCCUUCAAACCUCUGUUUUCUUUCUUCUAGAGGACACAGUCAACUAAUGGAAGAGUUACUGAAUAUGGGGAUGGAUCCAAAUGUAGGAGAUUCUAAAGGACGUACACCACUGCAUAUAGCUGCUGCCAGAGGUUCCAGACAGUGUGCGUUUCUCCUAUCGAAGUUUGGAGCAGAUGUUAACAAAAAAGAUGAAUAUGGGAAUACUCCUCUAUGGGAGGCAAUUGCAGGGAAGCACAGAUCUGUUGCUAGACUACUAUACGAAAAUGGUGCAAGAUUCGAUCCAGACGAUGCAGUAAACUUUUUGUGCUUGGCAACUGAGAGAAAAGAUCUUGAUGUAGUCAUGGAGUUGCUGAACUAUGGAGCAGACAUUAAUGCUACUAAACAUGAGGGCUUGACAGCUCUCCAUGUAGCCAUAGAAAAGGAAUGUCCUGAAACAGUGAAUUUCCUCCUUCAGAAUGGUGCAGACAUUGACAAACCUGACUCAAAAGGUCGAACUCCAAGAGCCCUGAUACAAAGUCACGAACAACUCUUUGCGGCACUUAAGGAUCUAUCUCAGACUUCUGAAUUGGAUCACAGGAUUCAAAUCCUAGAUACACAUAUAAGAAGUAGCAGGUCUCAAGGAGAGGAGGACCACCAUGAUUGCAAGGUCUAUUCUCCAACAGGACUUUACAGACCAAGUUUCAGGUCAUCCAUAUCUAACAAUGCACAGUUCACUAGAUCAAGUAGCAGUUAUGACACUUAUGAUGCCACAGGAACAGAGCUUAGAGAAGUGGGUACGUGCAGACUAAGACCAAGAGGAGGUUUAAAGUUUACUCCUCUCAGAGUGGUGAUCCACCAUCACCAUCCCACCAAUCAUAACUUACCUUUCACAAAGACAGGAAAGUUAGUUGCCCUACCCAACUCACUGGAAGAACUCCUAAGGGUGGCAGAUGUAUGCAGGGAUGAAGUUUGGUUAUUGUCCAACCAAAGUGUUGAACAAUGAUGGUGCUGAGAUAGUUGAUGUGGAUGCCAUAAGAGACAAUGACCAUCUCUUUCUUGUGGAGGAUGACUAGAUAUGUUUAUGAAGCUUCAUCAAUCAUGCAUGUCUUGUCUUGGGUGGCAAUAUGAUGAUAUAUGUGAUGUUUUUCACAAUAAGCAAUACAUUAUUUUGAAAUGUCACUGUCUUGUUCUAGACCAUGUAUAUCAAAUAAAGGUAAUUGGGGUCUAUAUCUGAUCUUAAUCUCCUAUUAGUUUGAGCAAGACCUUUUGUCACUUGUUUGUAUGGACCACUUCAAAUAAUCUCAAUCUUAAAGUUUAGUAGA